AUGCGUUAUUCCAGGACCCCUGCGGCCGCACUCGCCUUUGCGACUGCGGCCUCCGCUACAUCUCUCAGCACCAUUUGCACGGACGCAUAUGCGAAGAAAUCCUUGCCAAUUGGUGCUAUUGAUGGUAUCACGAUUGAUUCAUCUUCGGUUUCGACGAGCCUUGUUACGAAUUUUACUGCUACUUCGAUUUUUUUCCCUACCGAUACCUUCAACUACUGCAAUUUGACCUUUGCCUACUCCCAUGAUGGUAUUGAUGGGGAUGUGGUUCAUGUGCAGUACUGGUUGCCUGAACCUUCCAAGUUCAAAAACCGCUAUGUUUCGACCGGUGGUGGUGGUUGGGCUAUCAACUCGGGAAGCACGUCCAUUCCUACGGGUCUUGUUGCUGGAGGUGUUGGCGGCUUGACCGAUGGCGGAUUUGGAAACUUCGAUACUCAAUUCAGCGAUGCUGCUUUACUGGCUAAUGGAACUGUGAAUUGGCAGGCAACCUACAUGUUUGGAUACCAAGCGCACAACGAGCUGGCCAUCUUUGGAAAGGAGCUGACUCGCAACAUUUACAACGUGGCCUCCAGUGAGAAGAUCUAUUCUUACUACCAGGGAUGUUCCGAAGGAGGUCGUGAAGGAUGGAGUCAGGUCCAGCGGUUCCCAGACCAAUUCGAUGGUGUUGUUGCUGGGGCACCCGCUUUCCGCUGGGCACAGCAGCAGACCAACCACCUGAGUGGUAAUGUCAUGGAGAAGACUCUGGGCUACUACCCCUCCAACUGCGAGCUCGAGAAGAUCAUGAACAUGACAAUUGAGAGCUGCGAUCCCCUAGACGGCAAGACCGACGGCGUCGUUGCCCGAUCCGAUCUUUGUCUCGACAAUCUCAACUGGGACAAGAUUGAAGGAGCCUCCUACUCCUGCGCCGCCGCCACCAGCUACGGAUCCACUACCCCCGCUGCCUCGGGCACCGUUUCCGCCAAGGCCAUCGAACUCGUCAAGACAUACUGGAAAGGUCUCUACGACUCAGACGGCAAGCGCGUCUACUUCAGCUACCAGCCCGGUGCCACCUUUACUGAUCUUGAAACCGAGUACAACUCAGAGACCAAGAGCUACGAGCUGGAUAUCAGCGGUCUAGGCGGGAUUUGGAUCGCGCAGUUCAUCGACUUCAUCAAGGAUGCCGAGAACAUCGACAGCCUGACAAAUGUUACCUAUGACACUCUCAAGGAAUGGAUUAUCUACUCGGAAAAGAAAUAUGGCGAUAUCCUACAGACCACUUACCCCGAUCUCACUGAUUUCCAAGCCGCCGGCGGAAAAGUCCUGCACGUCCACGGUGAACAGGACUUCUCCAUCCCCACCGCCUCGUCAGUCCGCUACUGGGACUCCGUUCGAUCUGUCAUGUUCCCUGAAAAGGGCUACCGGGAGGGUGCUGCCGCUGUGGACGAUUUCUACCGUCUCUUCCUUAUCCCUGGUGUCGGUCAUUGUGCGGUAAAUGACUACGAACCCAAUGCCCCGUGGCCGCAAUUUACUUUGCAAAGCGUGAUUGAAUGGGUUGAAAAUGGGAAUGCGCCUGCUACGCUGGCUGGAUCGACUGAAAUUGAGUCCACUAUGUGUCGCUGGCCAUUGCGUCCUCUGUGGACUGACAAUGGUAAGAAGUUCCAGUGUGUCUAUGAUCAGGACUCAGUGGAUUCUUUCACCUACGAUCUUAAUGCGUACAAGCUUCCUGUUUACUAG